CGAAAUACCGAUUUGCUUCUCCACCUUUGUCCUCGGAACUGUAUCUUAAAAUUCAGAUAUUUACGUGCGAUCGUUGCGCAUCGGUAUAUCCACGGACGGAUCGUUCGUUUCAGUCUGAGAGUAGCCGCAGACACCCGGAGUGUCACGUGUGCAGCCAUUAAAGGAACGGUUUGGACACUUAUAAGAAACACGGACAGCCUCGUCAAGGGACAGUAACACCAGGACCCUCUCAUAGCCGACAUUUCAUUACGUUUACCACACUGCGGCUAAUACUUCUAGACGCGUGAACAGACAGCGAUAGAGAUGAUACGUCUUGCCCACGGUUGUGUCCUGCUGCUGCUGCUGCUGCUGCUGACCGCCGGUCCGGCCGUGCGGGGUGGCCCUAACGACUGUGUCAACGUCGCCACCAGCGAGGGGGUGAGGACACUUCAGCACGGACAGCAGGCGUGCGCGCCGUUGCAAGGGGCCGAGUCCGACAAGGGACUCUCGUUCAUCACGUGCAGCUACGGCACCGUCUACACACAGCAAUGCCCGACUAUGCUAAGGUGGGUUAACAUUUUAGGCUAUUCAAAGUAAGUUACAGUUUUAGGUAAUUCAAGGUAAUUUACAGUUUUAGGUAAUCCAGGUAAAUUCCAGUUUUAGGUAAUUGAAGAUAAGAACAUACAGUUUUAGGUAAUUGAAUGUAAGUUAUGGUUUCGGGUAACUGAAGAUAAGCUUCAGUUUUAGGUAACUGAAGGUAAUUUGCGGUUUUAGUAAUUGAAGGCAAGUUGCGGUUUUAGGUAAUGGAAUUAAGUUGCAGUUUAAGGUAAUUGAAGGCAAGUUGCGGUUUUAGGUAAUGGAAUUAAGUUACAGAUAAAACACUAAAGUGGGUCCAGCAUAGUUUAUUUACUUUGAGUAAAGGAUUAUACUGGUAAUCAUUUUUUAAAGUGUUGAUGUGUGGGGGUGGGGGUGUGAUAAGAUUAGGUAAAAAUAAAUAAGUAGAUCAAGGUAGCGGGUAGGGGGAAAACGUUCCUGCAUUUUCCUCGAGAGCGGCUUCCAAAAAGUUAUUUUAGUUGACUUGACUUUUCUUUUCAAUUCUUUUUUGUUGUUUUUCCAAAGAAGACCUUUUUCUGACAAGCCCGCUGCUUCCUUUUCCACGUUUUAAAUUUACUACUUGUUAAAGAAAUAAAAAUAGUUUAUAUGGAUAGGAACGUAAACAAAAUAUUCAUUUCCUGCAGUUAAAGUCGAACAAUAAUUUUAUGUUGAUGAAUAAUCUAACAUACAUGUCACCCCAAACCCCCCCCCCCCUUUUCCAACCCACCAGAUUCGAUGUACCGACAGGAACGUGUAACUGGCCAGAUGUAGCGACAUGUGAACUGCCCGUUGGUAAAUACGUUGCAUUCAUUUGUGUGUUGUUGUUCCUUUUUUUUCAUGCGAAUCUCAUUUGGGCGGGAUUUAAAAUAUUUAUUUAAAUUUUUAAGUGAUUUUAUUAAAUUUCUUUUGAACACUUUCUGAUGAACACCCGGAAUAUGUCUAUUUUAAAAACAUCAUUUAAGUCAGACUUAAAUCCUCAUCAUCAAUGUAUUUGUUUAAAUUUUAUUUCUUAACAUAUUUAUUACUAGUAGUAAAAAUUUAUUGUCAAGAUAAUAUAUAUAUAUAUAUAUAUAUAUAUAUAUAUAUAUAUAAGAAUGAACGAUGCUGACAUCAGAGGCGUAGCGACGAUGUUUGGCGCCCGGGGACAAGAUUCGCGACCGGGGAGAAGAUCUUUUUUAAAGCGCCCCCUUUUCUUUUUUUUUCAACUCUCAAACCCAUUAUUUUUACCAAUAAUAUAACAUCAAAGCACAUUUUGGCGCCCCUAACUAGCUUGCGUCCGGGGACAUCUGUCCCCCCUGCAACACCCCCCUUGCUACGCCUGUGGCUAACAUAACGCUAAGGAACCGAAAAGAUUUAGAUACGUUCGCAUACUAUUAUUUUACGGAAAUCGAAUAAAUUUAAAUGUGCAAAAAAUAACAUAAAUUCGCUUUUAUUUUAGUAAAAGUUUAAGUAUUAUUAUUAUAAAUUGCAAGUACAUUUAAAGUAACAACAAAGGAAUUAUUUUAAGUUUUUUAUCUGAAUUUAAAAGUUAUGAACACAAAAUUUAAUCGAAAAAUUAUGAUCUAAGAAUUACAGCGUAAUCACAGUAUCGGGAAAACCCAAACAUCAGUUGUUUUUAGUGCGUCUUUUAGUGCGUUGUUAAUAUUGCGAAAUAAAAUUAAAAUUAAUUUCUUCUCAAUAAACACGCAAAUGGCGUCAUAGCACGAAUCGCCAAUGUUAGCCAAAACUCUUAUAUUUCUUUGAUUUAAUAACCACGUCGUGUUACAAAACUGAUAAUGUAUUUCCCGCUUCAUAAAAGUAAAAUUAAUAUAUAUGAUUGAUUGCUUUUUAAAUUGUUAAUAAAACACACAAGUUUUAGCUUUGUAUUUGUAACAUUUAAUAAGUUUUUUUUUAGUUUUUUUUUAUUCGAAAAGAUCUAAAUGAAAAGAUCUAAUUCGAAAUGAGACCCGGGUGCGAAUGGCGACGGGCGGCGAUGCGUGUCCGGGUCCAUUUUGACUAAAUUUUAUUCGGAUGUCAUUUGUGGUUGUUUAUUUUAGUUAAACUGAAGAAUUUAGUUUACAAACAUAUAGUCCAUUCAAUUAUCUUCCAUUUGAUGACUCAUUUUGUCUAACACAACAAACAAUAAUAUUUUAAGUAGUUUUUUUUUUUUAAAUUCCACCUCUGACUUCUGGUACCGGGGUGCGAAUAGUCACAGCCAUAAUAUAAUGGAUGUAGUAAUACGAUCUUUUCAUCUAUUAAAGUUAGCUUGAUUCUGGUCUAUGUGUUAAUGUGUGUUGUGAAAAUAUAAAUCGGAAAGGGUCAAAUUUUAAAAAGUUCGUGCAACUACAGUGCGGUCAUUGUGUAGCAUCUAAUUCCACAUUUUUCUUCCUCACUAAUACAAAAUGUUGGUGCUUCAUACUGUUUUUUGUCUACAUUUCUUUGUUAACUUUUUUUUGAAAAUUUAUUAAAACAAUAAAAUAAUUAUGCAAACUUAAAAUUGAUAUACCCACAGACCACUGAGAAAAUUGUUAACCCUUGGAAUUCAUUUGCAGAAACGGUGCCAACCCCUCCUCCAGCGACAACAACCCGUCCUCCAACGACCACAAUCCGCUCACCAACCCCCACAACCCGACAACCAACGACCACAACCCGCUUUCCAACGACUACAGCCCGUUCUCCAACCACCACAAUCCGCUCUCCAACCACCACAACCCGACCACCAACGACCACAACCUCCUACCCAUCCACGACAACCCGAACUCCAGCCACGACAACCCGCCCACCCCCGACGCCCACGCCCAGCGAUGGAACCUGCAGCGACACCAACUGCAGACGCCCCGACUGUUUCUGCUACGGGGGCAGCAUCAACAUGUCCGCGCUGGACACGCCCAUGUUCGUCAUGCUGACCUUCGACGACGGCGUCACGGAGCAGCUGUACGCGAACUACUUCCGGUCACUGUUUGUCGACAACGACUACACCAUCUUCAACCCGAACGGCUGUCGCAUCAAGUAAGCUAUGAACCACAGAGUCAAUAGUAGAAUCGGUGCGAUUCAAUUCUUGGUUAAAUACGCCAUAGAAUUAUUUUUAUUUUUUGUUGUUGUUGUUGUUAUUGUUCUUAUCGGAUUUUCCCAAUCCUCUGUCUUGUACUUCAAAAAUAACAAUAGCUUUGGAAUUUGUCUUUACCGCAGGGGACCAGUGUUGCCAUGGUUACCCGUUUUAAAACCUUACCUCUGCCCCCAUAACAGGUGUAUCUUUUAUAAUUCAUGUCAUUUCAUGUGGUUUUUUUGUUGUUGUUUUUGUUUUAUCUAAAUGAAUAUGGUUGUGGUCAUGUUAAUUCAAGAUGGUGUAAACUUUUCCUCCCCGCCACAACCUUUUAAGGACCACGCUGUACGCUUCCCUGGACAACACUGACUACUCCAGGCUGACGGCGAUGUGGGACGCUGGCCACGAGAUCGCCAGUCACACGGUCACCCACUCCUUGCCUCUGGGGGACAAGGACAGCGACUACGCGGCGAUGGCGGACGAGGUAGGACCGUUGAAUGACGUCAUCGUGGGGGCUUCGGUUGGUGGAUAUGGAAAUCACAGCGUUAAAGUGGGCUUUUUUUUUUGGUGGGGUGGGGUCUCAUGGACCCCUUUCGCUGCCAGAUAAAGACCACGGUUAACUUAUUUAAAUACACAUAAUAAAUAUAGAAAGGACAUACAGCUCGUGGAUCUUCUGGUACCUUUUCACCGAUCCACAAGGGGUCCGCGGACAGCAGGCUAAGAACCCCUACGGAGGACCUAAGGGUAUUGAAUGAAGGGACUUAACCUAACAGAAAUAGCUGUAAAAAUAAAUGCCCCCUUUGCAAGAUUUAAAAGUAUCUCUUUGAGAAAAAAAACAAAAAAACAAACUCUAUAGGUCAUUUAAAAUAAAAGGAUUUAUUUAUAGAAACAUGAACUCAUUGUACACACACACGCACACACACGCACGCCAUAAAAAGAUGUGUUGAUUUAUUUUUUUUAAUCACUACCCUCAGAUUGAUGGCAUGAGACAAGAGGUUCUGAGACAGACUGGAAACCGGGAACUGGCCAACUCUAUCCUCGGCUUCCGUGCCCCGUACCUCCGUGUGGCCGGCAACGUCCAGUAUGACGUUCUCAGAGACUACCACUUCCUGUACGACACGUCCAUCGUCAACAUCGAGAUCGCCGGGGGUCGAAAGCCGCUCUGGCCUUUCACGUUAGACUACCUGGUGGGAAGGUGAGACGUCCGUUCAUGAACUUUGUGGGGGGGGGGGCGUUCAGUUGUGUCACCAUUGGUCAUUUCAUUAUCUUUUGGUGUUGUGUGUGUGAGUUAAUUAGUGAUAUGACGUCAUAUACAUGAUUUUUUUUAUUCGUUUGCAUAAGACCUCUUUAAAACCCUUAUUUAUAUGUUAAACUCCGCUUCUGCUUGUUCAUGUGUGACGACACGAAGAGGUUGUCGUAUCAGGUUUGUAUCAAGCGACCAAAGCCGAGGCGUAGCUAGAGCGUUUGGCGCCCGGGGACAACAUUCAUUUUAAAGCGCCUCCAUUUCUUUUUUUUUUUUUUCAACUCUCAUACCCAUUAAGUUCAAAAAUAAAAUGACUUUCAAAUUUUUUUUUUAAGCCCCUCCCUUUUUUUUUUUUUUUUUUCAACUCUCAUACCCAUUAUGUUCACAAAUAAAAUGACUUUCAAAUCACAUUUGGCGCCCCAACUACUCUGGCUACCGGGGACAUCUGUCCCCCUGCCCCCACCCCCUUUCGGUACGCCUCUGGACCAAAGUGCCUGAUUACUUUCAUAAUUGGACCAAGCUAGCCUAUGGCCCUGAAACCUGAAGUGUGCAUGCACAAAGUAGAGAAAUGCACACCGAAAAAAAAAAACAGAUAUUACAAAAGAGAGACGAAUUUACGAAGCCCAAUCAUCCACCUGUUGCCGUAUUUAUUUUAGAGUAUGAAAUUUAUUCCAAACACUUUACUCUAUAUAUACUCUACUUUAUAUGUGACAGCUUACUUCCGGUUAUAAUAUAUCUACUAUAGUCUAUACGACAUAACACAUUUGGUGAAUUAAAAAAUUGCUCAUGAAUCAGAAUAUCAAUUUUUAAAAAAAAUAUUUGGUGGUACCCAAUGAAAUCUUAAAUAUUUUAUGAUUUGUUUAGACCAAGUUUUUCGAUGCGCAAUGGAAAAAUAACCAGCCAGCCCCCCCCCCUGCCCCAACCCCCCUGUUUCCACACAUUUUUUAGAAUCGGAAAUUCAAGACCCCCCGAUAUGGACGUGUCAUAUUAAUAUUAAAGGGUUUGAAUUCUUUAAAUUUGGCUGAAGUUGGAAUCUCAGAAUAUGUCAUGUAAAUUUUAGAUCUUUUCCCCACACAAACAGCACCAAAAACAAACGCGCUGGUUAACCUAUAAUAAAAAUCUACAGUGAAAUUUUAAAAAAAAACAAGAGAUAUUGGAAAACCUAUUAUCAUAUCGCAACGGAAGGAUGGGGGCCCAUUUCAAACAAGAUGGCGGCGCCCUUGGUAUUUCUAUAUCUGGCAGUAGGAAACUUGACAAUAGAGUGUCCAAGGACAAUGAGUUGUUGAGUGUUUAAGGACAAUGAGACACACAUUGAGUGACUAAUAAGGAGACAUUGGAUGUCCAAGGACAGUGAGGCAUUGUGUGUCCAAGAGCAAGGACACGUUGAGUGUCUAAGGACGACGAGGCAUUGUGUGUCCAAGGACACAUUUGGUUUCCAAGGACAAGGACACGUUGAGUGUCUAAGGACAGUGAGGCAUUGUGUGUCCAAGAGCAAGGACACGUUGAGUGUCUAAGGACGAUGAGGCAUUGUGUCCAAGGACAAAGACACAUUUGGUGUCCAAGAACAAGGACACGUUGAGUGCCUUAGGACGAUGGGGCAUUGUGUAUACAAGGAAAAGUACAAGUUGAGUGUCUAAGGACGAUGAGGCAUUGUGUGUCCAAGGACAAGGACAAGUUGAGUGUCUAAGGACGAUGAGGCAUUGUGUGUCCAAGGACAAGGACAAGUUGAGUGUCUAAGGACGAUGAGGCAUUGUGUGACCAAGGACAAGGACACAUUUGGUGUCUAAGGACAAGGAGACAGACGUUGAAUGUUCAAGUACAAGCUUAACAACCCACAUGUGUUGAACAACACCUUAUUAUAGAUUUUGCAAAUUAUUAAGUCGAUGUUUUCAUUCAAAAAAUAAAAGCUUCAUGUUUAAACUCGCCCACAGCUGUGUGAACCCCCCAUGCCCCACAAAGCCUUACCCCGGUCUGUGGGAGUUCCCGAUGAAUGCCUGGAUUGGAGACGACGGAUAUUCGUGCAGCAUGGUGGACGCAUGCGCAGUAGGCUCGAAUUUGUUCACAGCAUCCGAGUUAGAGUGGUACAACUUCUACAAGUAAGUAAUCGAAUACAAAUGUUAAAAUAACCGAAUACAAGGAUUAUAAUAACUGAACACCAGGGGUGGCAAUAACUGACUAUUGUGGUUAAAAUAACUAGAAUGUAAGUGCUAAAAUAAUAACUGAAUACUCUGGUUAAAAUAACUAGCUACUAGGAUUACAAUAACUGAUUAUAAGGGCUAAAAUUGUUAAAAUGACUCAAUACAAAUAUUACAAUAACGAUUAUAAGGGGUAAAAUUGUUAAGAUAACUAAAUGAACUGGUUAAAAUAACUAAAGGAACUGGUUAAAAUAACCAAAUGAACUGGUUAACAGAGCUUUUUUAUUUUACCUUGCUAUUUUACCUUGUUGAAAUGAGCGAAUGUCGUAUUUUCGAUUCACACUCAUCUAUGACGUGUGGCUCUUUCCACAGGCGCAACUUUGAAAGCUACUUCUACCCAGACAGAGUCCCCAUGCCCUUCUUCACCCAUGGGUCCAUGUUCUUGCGGUCCACAAACGCUUUCCCGGCCCUAGUGACCUGGAUCAAGGAACUGCUGAGCUACCGUAACAUCUGGCUGGUCACUCCGCAGCAGGUCAUCGAGUGGAUGAAGAACCCACUGACCAAUGACCAAAUGAUAGCCGAGAGAUGGGGGUGUUAAUUUGCACAAACCUGAUUGGAAGUCCUGGGGCGUUUGAGGGGGGGGGGUAGUAUCAGCACACCCGGAUCGGAC